AUGAUUGAUAUGAUGGCCGAAGAUUUUGAAAGCUUUUCAGAGGGAAGUAUGUUUGGGUUUGAUAUGAAUGAAGAGGUGUACAGGCCCUUGUUGGAUUCAAAGGACAAGUCGGUGGGCGCUAAUAUUCUGGAAGUGGCUACAUUAAACUAUGUGUUGUCUGCUAUUGAGCAUGCAAUGCAAUGUCAGGGAAGACACAGUAGUUUGAGUGGUAAGAUGCCUCAUCUGUAUCAUCCAGGGUGUAUAUUCUGA